AUUUCAGUCUUUCAAUUACUUGUAGUGUAUAGCUAGCACAUAUCUCUGGCUAAAGUGUAACAUCUACUCGAACUCGAAAGUGUGUAAUUGUUUUGAUCAUAAAUAAUUAUAAUAUUUUGCUUCAUUUACGUUGAAUAAAAUUUUUCGAUGAACUUUUUUAUAUUUGGAAAAAUAAAAUCAAAUUUGUCAUUUCUAAAAUAAAUGUAAUCAGCGAAACGAUUACACUAUUUGCAACCAUCACAUGCAUACAAUCAAUUUAUUGAGGAAAUAGAAUUUUCUUUCUUCAAGUAUACAAACAUAAAAGUUUUUAUUGUGAACGUGAAAAAUAUAUAUCUCAAGGAAAAUAUCUCAAAGCUAGGUCCUUCACUGAAUUUUAAAUGGAUUUGUUCUGGUUGUGUAUCAACUGAAUAUCAAACACACAAUUCAAAGCAUCAUUUGACUACAAUACGUCGAGAGAGGCAGUAGCUGCGAAGCGAAUUGAAUAAACUUUUUUCAUUUUUGGAUUAUUUUCUUUUUGGUGUUCAAUAGUUUUAUGGACUAUGUUCGUAUACUGUACGUGCAUUAUAUACAACCGAAAUCUCGUCAAUUUAUACCAUAAACUAUUAUAAAAAAGUGAACUGUAAUCAACUUUAUAAAAUUAAAGUGAAUUUUUGUGGACUAUAUUUUAUCGAUGGAAUAAAACGAAUAAAAAAAAUCGAAUUCAAUAAGAAAUCGGAAAGAAAGAAAGACUUUUACUCAGCAACAAUUGAGUGGUUUUGUGAAAGUAUAUACACCGUAACAUUGAAGUUAUAAACUAAAGAAAUUGAGAAAAACGUUUUGCAUGGAACUCAGUAUUAAAAACUAUUUUUUCAAAUUCGCUGUUUUUCAACAAGUUUUGUUAAAUAAUUUUUUUUCUUUCUUCAAUUAUAAAAUCGAAACAAAAAUUAAUUAACUGUGAACAACUUGUCGCGGUUCGAAGUUUAAAAACGUGAGAUUUUUGCAGUAAAAUCUAUCUGCAACAACAAAAAUAACAAUAAGAAAUUUAAUUGAAAUUUAUACGAACAUAACGAAGUGAUAGAAUUGGCUGUGUGUUAAAAGAACAAAAAGAAAAGCUUUUUGUUUUAACUUUUUUUAUAAAUAUAAAAGCCAUUGAAUACAAAUUUAUACCUCGGUUAAUUUGGAAAUCGAUUUUCAAUAAAUUUUACGAACAGAUAAAAAUAUAAUGUCAUCGACACAAAGUGCAGACUUGAUACAAUUUGGUGGUGAUAGAGACGACAACGCCAUGAAAAUCGAUAGUGGAAUUGUUGUAGCCGUCGAAGCAAUGGAAAGUGAAAGUAGCUCAGCAUCAGUACUUGGUCAAAAUGAGAAGCAUUUAUCGCAGACACCAUCCAUUGAUGUGCUUUCUAAAAGUCCAUCACUAUCUACAACAAGCACAGUUGAAAACGACACUGUUCUAAAUCAACUUCCCCAACUGCUGUCCGUUGUUCAUAUAACCGAAUCACUCAAGCAAUGCGACAAUGAUGAACUACAAGAAGUGCCAUUAGCUGCCGAAGAAGAGGAUCACUUAUCCCCAUUGAUAAUGGAUAAUCAUACUGUACUCGAGCAUCAAGAAUUAUUCAAAACUAGUCGUUUGCCCCUGGACGUUGUUGAUCGAGUUCAUGAGAUACCGGAAUUCGUACCGCAACAAUAUCAACACCCACCCAACAUACAGCUCUGUGAUAAAAAAGACUCUAUUGGAUCCAUCGACAGCGAUGUAUCAAUGACGUACGAUGUACAUCAUGAAUCGUCGAAUCCGUCCGGAGAGAGUUCCGAUGAGAAUGCUAAGGAUUCUGGAUGUGACGUUAAUGCUGGAAAAAUGGAAGAAGUAAACGUUGAUGAGCCGAUUGAAGUGCCUGAUGAUGAUCUAGCUGAGAAAAUAGUCACACAAGUGGAAUUCUACUUCUCCAACGAAAACAUUUUGAAGGAUGCUUUCUUGUUAAAACACGUAAGACGAAAUAAGGAGGGCUUCGUGAGCUUGAAAUUGGUUUCAAGUUUCAAGCGAGUGCGUCAACUGUGUAAAGAUUGGCGAGUGGUUGGCUAUGCCAUCAAAUUAAAAAGCGUAAAUAUUGAGGUCAACGAUUUAGGAACGAAAAUUCGUCGAUUGGAUCCACUGCCCGUCUUUGACGAAACAAUGCCAUCCAGAACUGUCGUUGCUACCGAUUUACCUUUGGAUAAGCUAACAAUCGAAAAAAUCUCCGAACUAUUUUCAAAAUGCGGAGAAAUUGCUUUGAUUCGAAUACUACGCCCUGGCGGUUCAAUACCAGCUGAUGUGCGUCAUUUCAUGAAUAAAUAUCCUGAGAUGCGCGAACGUGAAUGUGCAUUGGUUGAGUUUACUGAAUCUCAAGCUGCAAGGAAUGCACAAAAUUUGGAGGGAAUGCAGAUUUAUGAGAUGGUCGCCCCAAAAAUGAAAACCGGAAAGAAGGCAUCGAUUACGAAAAUGGUGGAAAACUACAAGUAUCCGAGCCAUGCAGAUCAUGAACGUAGUCGAGGAGGAGGUGGAGACGAUUACAAGUUCAAUAUGAUAAGACGAAACAGCUCUGGAUUCUUCCCCAAGCACGAGACAAACCACGUAUGUUAUCAGCAACAACCUGUUCAAUUCCAACGCAAGUUCUCAUUCAAUAACGGCGAAAACUACGAACACUUUAAUCGUCGUCCAUCAAACUGUUCAAUGGCCAGUUCUGCCGACAAUUCUCGAAAAUAUUCCAACUGUUCGGAAAGUUAUUCCGGUUGCUCGGAAGCGUCCCGACGCCAAUCAAUGUGCUCCGAUGCAUCUCGUCGACAAUCGAAUUGCUCUGACGUGCCAUUCCGACGUACAUCAAAUUGUUCCGAAUUUUGUCCGUGCUCCCGAAAGGUAUCCCAAUGUUCCGAUUCGUUCCGACGCCUAUCACAGUGUUCCGAUCAUGGACGCCGAUUUUCCAACGGAUCUGUCAACUACGAACGGCGAAUGUCCAACACAUCUGAGAAUGGUCGACGCGUUUCAUUCGAUUCCGAGUAUGAUCGCAAAAUUUCAACCGGCUCGUUUGAACACUAUCGCAAAAUAUCUGGCGGCUUUGAUGCGUCGCGGAAGUUAUCGAACGGCAGCGAUCAAUGGUACAACGGACGGAAAAUUUCAAACGAUUCGGGCUAUGAUCGUCGAUCAUCCGUUAACUCAAUGAUGAGCGAUUAUGGAUCAUCGCCACGAUCGCGUUCCACCAGUAUGGCUGGAAUUGUUAAAGGUGAAAAUUUGGUGCGAACACCGAUUGGACCGGAUGGUAGUAAGGGUUUUGCAUCGAGAGCACGGAAAGUCGGUCAUGCGGUCGUUGGACCGGUUUAAAUUUUGCAUACGGUUAUCGGAAAUGUGAGUUUUGACGAUUGAGUAUCGAUUUUUUGUUAUUUAUUUGUAUAUUUAGUCGUUAAGUAACGCUAGUGUGUAAGUGUACAUAUUUAUUUGUCAAAUAAGAAUUCGCAGAGAAGUGAAGCAGCAAAUGUGUUAAAAACAAAUAUAAUUGUAACGUUUUAGCCCCCUACCCCAAUAUAAUAUCCUUUUCCCUUCCCAGUUGUAAGCAAUCAUUUUUCUUAUUAGUUUUCUCUUUUAGCGUUAAGAAAUAAUAUUCCCUUUUGUGAACUAAUAAACCGAGUUUUCGUUUUAAUUAUUAAAAAUGUAAUCCAAAUUUGAAGUCAUUGUGCUCAUUAUUCUAUAAAAUGUAAAUUAAAACCAGUGAGCAAAAUAUGUGCAGAUUGUCUGUUACGAUAAACUUAACUGUUAGAUAUUUAUUUCUCGCGUCUAUGUUACAGCGCUAAGAGUCUACGCCUUAUUAAUAACUUAUUAAGAUUGUUUUGUUUACUAUAUUAUAGAUUUGUACAUAUAAAAUCGUAGGAAAUAUUUAAUUAUAUUAAUUAAUGAAAAUUUUUAAAAUAUAUUGUAAAAAUGAUCUUGAGAUGGACGUGUGUCAAUUCUUUCAAAGAAUAUAUUUUCGAUUGAAGUGUUUUACUGAAGAAGAACUUAAAUUUUUAUUAGAAAAUAAAAUAUUUAUAAAUA